AUGGGAACUCCUCCACAACCAGGUUUCUGUGUCAUCCGGGGACCAGACUGGGUUUAUAAAAACCAAGAUGGCGGAAAGGGACAUGCAGGAACUAUUCUUUCACUCCAGGCUCAAUGUCAACCAAACUUUCCGAAGUUGUCUGUGCUGGUCCAAUGGGACAAUGGUAAUAAGGGUCUUUUCCGGGUUGGUUACGAUCAGGCCUUCGAUCUCAGGAUUAUUGACACAGCUAAUAAAGUUUGCCAUCCUAAGAUCUGGUGUGAUGGGUGUAAUGUUGAUGAAAUCAGAGGGAUACGAUGGAGAUGCACUGAAUGCUAUGCCAUUGACCUCUGUACAACCUGCUACAUGAAUGAUGAACAUGAUCUUAGUCAUGUCUUCAUGAGAGUGCUUUCCUCAGACAAAACAUCAAUGGGUCCUAAGAUGUUACCGAGAUCAUCUUCUCCUCGAAUAGCUCUCAGAGGGAUAUUUCCAGGGGCAAAGGUUGUCAGACAUCCCCAGUGGCUCAAGAGACAAGGAUCAGGUAAGGUGCUCGGGACAGUGGUUAAACGUGAGCAGACAUCUGAGGAAAGAGUCAAUGUCCAAAUAGCGGUUGCGUUUUCAUCUUCACCAGAUUGGAUAGACAUCACUAAGAUCUUCUGCACACUGCCAGGCUCUGGCGGCCAGGUUUAUGACGGACAUCUACCGAAUCUUGGAGAUCUGGAGGCUGUGAAUGAAGGAGACAACGUUCUGGUAACCGCGACCCCUGCAGAAUUGGAGACACUUCACAAACGCAGAGCCCUGUGGAAGCCUGAGAUCGCCAGCACAUAUCGAAAGAAGGGCUUUGUGAACAGAAUAACCCAUACUGGCGACUUCACCGUGACUUUCCAUGACAUCCAAGAAACGUUCACCAUGAAUUCUGCAGCUCUAAGAAAGGUUCAUCGACUUUGUCUUGGUCAGCUUGUCCGAGUAAAUGAUGAUAUGGAGAUGGUCAAGAGAUUACAGUCUGGGCAUGGUGGAUGGACUUCAGCUAUGAAAAAGGCUCUUGGUGCUGUUGGGAGAGUGAUAGAGAUUGACGGUUCCGAUAUUCGGGUUAAACUGAUGGAAAACAAAAAGUUCAUUUUCAGUUCUGCUAACCUGACACCAGAACGGAUUCGUGUUCCUAAACCGAAAGACCACAACUUCGAAGAAAUGUUUCGCGCUCAAAAUCGGAUCAUGAUGGAUCCAGCAUUGAAGUUGAUUAAAGCUUUAAAUUUUGGUGAUAUCAGCGAAGCGGAGCGCAUACUGGCUCGACAUCCGGAAUGGAUUAAUCACGAGCUCAUUCCUGGCGCUUCACCAUUAGGAUUCUUUGCAGGCGAAGGGGAUGUAAACGCAGUGAAGUUCCUCAUUGAGAGAGGAGCAUUGAUAGAGUUCAGUGACUUGAAAGGACAUACCUCACUUUUCCAUGCUACAAUCGAUAACAAAUUUGAAAUAGUAGAGUACCUCCUACAACAAGGAGCUGAUGUCCAUGCUGUUGACUGGCAAGGGAUAACAUGUCUCUCUGUGGCGUGUGCUAAGGGGUUCUUUCAAUGUGCACACUUUCUAUUGAUGUAUGGUGCAGACGUCAACCAGAAGGGCGAGCAAAAUCUUACACCUGCACUCUUGACAAUUCAAAGUGGAUCAAGAACCAUCGUAGACCUCAUAAUGGAUAGGAAGGAUGCUGAUCUGAAAGCGGUUUCAAAGGAUCUAGUAUCAGUCAUGCAUGGUGCAGCAGCUGACGACAAUACUCAUGCUAUGAAUAAAAUCUUAAACAAGGUUCCAAGACUGGUAGACGCGCGUGAUGACACGGACAAGACUCCUUUAUCAUCAGCUGCUAUCAAGGGUUGCCAAAAUGCUGCAGAACUGUUAAUAAAAAAGGGACGCUGCAAUGUGAAUGUAGUGGAUGGAGUAUUUGGGAUCAAUCCUCUCGGAGUUGCAAUUGCCCAUGGGAAUCUCCAUUUAGUUGAUGUCUUGGUAAAACACGGUACAAACCUCAACCUUCCAAAUUUUUGUGGAAAUACUACCCUGCAGAUUGCUCGGAAUGUUAUCCGGAACACGCAAUCAGGACAAGAUAUGAAAGAAGAACCGUUUAUGGCCGAGAUGAAGAAGAAAUGGGGGCACCUUGGAAUCAAAACAAACUCAGAUGCUCUUCUUGCCUUUCUUGUUUCUCAUGGUGGUGAUCUGAACGCAACCAACAGCGCUGGAAUCACUAUGAAAAUCCAGCUUGACUUGGAACAAGAUCCAAUCCUGCAACCUCUACUCGAUAUACAAGCUCAAAGAGGGAAAGACAUUGCAAGACAGCAGACAGCAGCUAACCACCCUCUUCGUAACCUGACUAAGAAAAACAAAGACAUCGGAAGUGAUGCCAACCCUGUGUCAUCUCUUUUGAAGGAGAGUGCUGCAGCUAGACCAGCCGUAAAGAAAUCCAGUUCUGGAACAAUGGGAGCCUCGGUGAAGUUGACAGGGGAUUCGGCGCGCCCUGGGACGGGAAGAGUCCCGGAAAAGAAGGUGGCAGCGGUUUCUAGCAGUCAGCAGAAUUCCACAGGCGAGUUACACCACCUAAAAACUGAACUUCAACGUAAAGACAAAGAGCUUGAAAUCCUUAGGUCACGUGUUCAAACACUGGAACACCUGGUCAAGAAGAAGAUCUACUUUGCUUGCGGUCAUGACGUCAUCAAGAGCAUUGCUGAUUUGAUCCCGGAAUGCCCCAAUUGUAGCGAGCCUAUUUCCUCAGUCGUAGACCUGAAAUAAUAAGGACGAUAAUGAUGACGGGGUUGACAAUGUCGAUUGUGAUGGCGAUGAUGAUUAUGAUGAUUGUCUGGAGCUAUUAGCGUAGUGUGAACACUCUCAAUUGCAGGGAUUUGAAUUAAAUCCAAGUGGACUGUAUUUACAAUCGAAUUCUGGAUUUAGAUUUAAACCUGAAAAAAAUAAUGAAUCUUAAAAGCUAUGAAUUCAAAUCCUUUGAGAUUUAAAAAUCAAUCUUUCGGAUUAAAACUUUAAGACUAAAACGUCCACUUGGAUUUAUUUUAAAUCCAUGCAAAUUAUGGUGAAAUAAUUCGCGUUUAGAUGGGAGUGCUUCCUUUUGAAUAGACUCAGGGGGCAAGAUAUGGGUGCGGCGGGGGAAGGGGCGACCACCUUAAUUCCCCUCCUCCGAUGUUACAAGAAUGAAAAAUAACAGGAAUAAAAGGAGGGAAGGCGAAAAGAAUAAUUUUAGAAUAGAGGUUUUGUUACUUAAUAAUCCUCAAAAUUGAAAAGAAAAUCACGUUAAAGCGCGGCAAAAGCUUUGGAAAACCGUCAAUAUGAAUUAUAAUUGAGUAUCAUCUAAUAUACCUAUCUUAAAGAAGUGUAGUAUCCAAUUAAUCUCUUUUAAACUGCUAAUCAGAUCUUAGAUGUCUAGCGCCUUCCCACCGCGAUGUUUUUUUAUUUUCUUUAAAAAAAGGCUUUUUAAACAAUUUUAUCUUAUACAAAUUUAAUAAUUGGAUAUCGGAAUUCUACGAACAAAAACACAGUAUUCGACAAUUUUCAGCUCACCUAAUUCUCUAAAAUAUUUUUAUAUAAAAAAGAUUAAA